AUGGAGAGGGCCAGCAACAUUCACACCUACAUCAAGCAAACAAAAUGUGAAGCUCUGACGGUCGUUGCUAUAUCCUGUGAUGCAAAGGCUCUUGAUGAAACUGAAAGAGCCAUUGAGAUUGAUCACAACUGUGUCAUGGCACCAGGGGGACCUGGGAUGAUCAUCUUUACGUCAGGAACCACUGGGCGCCCUAAAGGAGCUUUGCUACCACGAUGUGCUCUCCUUGGAACAGGCAUCAGAGAGCCCGGCUCGGCAGCCCUCGUUUAUCGCCCAAACCAUUGGAUUGGCGGUGCCAGGGAUAUUAUCCAGUCACUCCUUUCGGGGAUGAAAGUUCAUAGUCUGAAAACGAAAGUCCAAGACGCUCGUGCUGAAGACGUUCUGCGGGCUUUCAGAACCUCACAGAUCACACACGCCGCGUUUAUGCCGGAUGUGUUGCGGCGGAUGAUGUUCUUACUCACUUGCCACAGGGAUCUAUCCAGUAUCCUACAGGAGGAGAAAGACUUAUGGUACAGUUAUUUCAAAGGGUUGUCGAUAAUCAAAUGUUCUGGAGGGUCGCUGGAGCCACCAGUAAGGGAUUUUUGGAUAGGUUUAACAGGACUGCCCUUUGAGAACUUCUAUUCUUCCACUGAACUUGGAGGAAGUGCAAUUGGUGGACUUUCUGAGGCAUAUGGAUCAAUGGGAACUCCAAUCCCUGGGAUCAAAGUAAAACUCUCAGAAGGUGAUCGAGGAGAACUUUGUGUCAAAAGUCCGAAGAUGCUGCUACGUUAUAUUGGUGACAAUCAUACGGUUGAGAGCAUCUUUGACGAAGAAGGGUACUAUAAAACCGGAGAUCUCGCUAAAUACGUCGAUGGAGAAUAUAUAUUCGCCGGCCGUGUAGCUACUGACUGCGUCCAAUAUGCAGCAUUUCGGUUCUCGACCCUUGCAGUCGAGGACAGUUUAACCAAACUACCAUAUAUCUCAGAAGCCUGUGUUGUGGCCGUUCCUCAUAGAAAGCUCAGGCAGCUUUGCGGUGCUGUGGUGAAGCUCAGGCCAGAUACCCAACUACCCAGUAAUACGACAACGCUAGGAUUGAUCAGAUCUGACCUAGAAGGGAGCCUGCCAACGUAUAUGAUGCCAACCCUGCUCAAAUUGUUAAAAGAUGGGGAGGAAUGGCCGAGUACAGUCAUUGGGAAGCCUGAAAAAAAGGAGAUCCUUAGGAUAUACUUUGGCAGCACAAAUGGCGCUCCGGUUGAAAAUUACCCUCCGGAAGUAGAGAGUUGUCCUAUUCCUAAACCAGGCGAAGCUACCAAGCCAUGGGAUUGGGAUGGACGGCAAUUCGAGCAUUAA